UUAACUAAUCCUUGCUGCACCGGGACCUGCGGUCACACGAGGAUAGAUUAUACAUUCAUUUUCCUUAAUGAGUGUAACACAUAGAACAGUCCACGUGUUUUUAUUCGUAUAAAUAUAUUUAAGAAAAAAAUGUUUUGGUCUUUGGAGCUAGCUUUUAAUUUACGUGAUUUGAGUUGCGUGUUUUCAGUGCGGCGCGCGUGAGCUUUUGUUUCACCUGUUUGCUCGCGACGCGGCUCAUCCCGAUAGAUACAGUCAAUAGAUAUGAAAGCUGUUAUAAGUUAUUGUUUCAUGUGACUUCGUGUGAGUAAGCAGCAGACGGUGCUGAAGAAGUUGUGGACAUGGAUGCGGUACCGAAAGAUGGGGUCGGUUUGGCUGACCCCAGCAAGACGGACACACUCAACUCAACAGGUUCUGCAGGGCAAAGGAGAGCUGGAGGAGCCAAGAAGCACACACAAGCUAACAAAUCAGCCCUGCGUGCACCCAGAGCUCUGUGCUGCCUGACUCUCAGCAACCCAAUACGCAUGGCAGCACUGGCCCUGGUGGAGUGGAAGCCUUUUGAUAUAUUCAUUUUACUGGCCAUCUUUGCCAACUGUGUUGCCCUUGGUGUGUCCAAACCAUUUCCUGAAGACGAUUCCAAUGCCACCAACCACAAUCUGGAACAAGUGGAGUAUGUGUUUCUGGUCAUUUUCACCAUCGAAACAUUCACAAAGAUUCUCGCGUACGGUCUGGUCAUGCAUCCCAGCGCCUACAUCCGCAGCGGCUGGAACUUGUUGGAUUUUGUCAUUGUCAUUGUGGGUCUUUUCAGCGUUAUAGCUGAGAUGGGAGAGCACAAACCAGGAGAGGCCCAUCACGCAGCAGGUAAACCAGGAGGUCUGGAUGUCAAAGCCCUGAGAGCUUUCAGAGUACUGAGACCCCUGCGGCUCGUGUCCGGUGUGCCAAGUCUGCAGAUUGUGUUGAAUUCCAUCAUGAAGGCCAUGGUGCCUCUGCUCCACAUCGGUCUGCUGGUCAUGUUUGUCAUCAUCAUUUACGCCAUCAUUGGGCUGGAGCUCUUCAUAGGCAAGAUGCACAAGACCUGCUACUAUGUAGGGACAGAUCUAAUGGUGGAUGAUGAUCCCACACCAUGCGCUUUUGCUGGUAAUGGUCGUUUCUGUGUGGGGAACAACACCGUGUGCCGGGGAGGAUGGGAGGGACCCAAUGGAGGCAUCACCAACUUUGACAACAUCUUCUUUGCCAUGCUGACUGUAUUUCAGUGCAUUACUAUGGAGGGCUGGACUGAUGUGCUUUACUGGAUGAAUGAUUCCAUCGGGUUUGAGCUGCCUUGGAUUUAUUUUGUGUCUCUGGUCAUUUUUGGAUCUUUCUUUGUCCUCAAUCUUGUGUUGGGUGUGUUGAGCGGUGAGUUCUCUAAAGAGAGAGAGAAGGCCGUGUGUCGUGGUGAGCUGCAGAAGGCCCAGGAGAAACAGCAGAUGGAGGAGGAUAUGAUCGGCUACAUGGACUGGCUCAUUGAAGCAGAGGACAUGGAUGAGGAUGGAAAUAAACGUGCUGUGGUGGCUAAGAAAAAGAUGAUGAAAAAAUAUGGCUGGUACAAACACAGUGAAGAUGGAGAAUCAGAUUCAGACUCUGAAUUUGAAGCGUUCCUGGAUGAUGACAACGGCUGCUGUGCAUCUAUUAUGGCACGACUGAUGGCUAUAAGUUUCUGUGAACAGCUGUUCCACUUGAAUCUGGUUAUCAGGAAGAACUGCCGUGUGGCCGUCAAAUCCACCAAUUUCUACUGGCUGGUGCUGCUGCUGGUGUUCCUCAAUACGGCCGCCAGCGCCUCUGAACACUACGGCCAACCGCAGUGGCUCACCGACAUACAGGAACGAGCAAAUAAGAUCCUUUUGGCACUGUUUACGCUGGAGAUGCUGAUGAAGAUCUAUAGCUUCGGCUUUCAGAUCUACUUCAUAGCGCUCUUCAAUCGUUUCGAUUGUUUCGUGGUUUGUGGUGGGAUUCUGGAGACAGUGCUGGUGGAGAUGGAAGUGAUCCCACCCAUCGGGAUCUCUGUGUUGCGCUGCGUCCGUCUGCUCCGUAUCUUCAAAGUCACAAGACACUGGGCAGCCCUGUCAGACCUGGUGAGCUCUUUGCUGAAUUCAAUGAAGGCCAUUUGCUCCCUGCUGCUGCUGCUCUUCCUCUUCCUCAUCAUCUUCGCUCUCCUGGGCAUGCAGCUCUUCGGCGGAAAGUUCAACUUUGAUGAGACUCAAAUGAAAAGAAGCACCUUUGACACUUUUCCAUCUGCCCUGCUCACCUGUUUCCAGAUCCUAACAGGAGAGGACUGGAACUCUGUCAUGUAUGAUGGCAUCAUGGCGUAUGGUGGACCAGUGUUUCCCAAUAUGAUUGUCUCUGUUUACUUUGUCAUUCUUUUCGUCUGUGGUAACUACAUCUUGCUGAAUGUCUUCUUGGCUAUCGCUGUGGACAACUUGGCUGGAGAUGGUGGCAAAAAGAAAAAAGAAGAGAAGAAAGAAGAGGAGGAGGAAUGGGAGGAUGAAGAAGAAAGAGAGGAAGACGAAGCUGGAAAUGAUAUGGACGAUUGGGAAGAGAACGAAGAGUUGAGAGCAAUUGAAGGGCUUGAGGGUAUAGGCACUCCCAUGAAAGUCGAAAGUUUUCAGCCCAAAGAGAAAAUUGUACCAAUUCCUGAUGGAAGUUCCUUUUUCAUCCUUGGAAAGAAAAACUGUCUCAGAGUCGCCUGCCACAACCUCAUUCAUCAUCAUUACUUCACCAACAUCAUCCUCGUCUUCAUCAUAUUCAGUAGUUUUUCUUUGGCUGCUGAAGACCCAAUCAAAACUCAUUCUGUCAGGAAUGUUAUGCUGGGCUAUGCUGAUUACGUCUUUACCACCGUCUUCACUAUUGAGAUCAUGUUGAAGAUGACUGUGUAUGGAGCUUUCCUUCAUCAAGGUUCCUUCUGCAGAAACGCAUUCAACCUCCUGGACCUUCUGGUUGUUAGCGUGUCCCUCACCUCUUUCUUCUUGCAUUCGAGUGCUAUUUCUGUUGUGAAGAUUCUUCGAGUCUUGCGAGUGCUCAGGCCUCUUCGAGCCAUCAACAGAGCAAAGGGACUCAAGAGCGUGAUUCAGUGUGUGUUCGUGGCCAUCCGCACUAUUGGCAACAUCCUCAUCGUCACCACUCUCCUCCAGUUCAUGUUCGCUUGUAUCGGUGUGCAGCUUUUCAAGGGACGGUUCUACAGAUGCACAGAUGAGGCGAAACAUACACCUGAAGAGUGCAAGGGCACAUUUGUGGUGUUCAAAGAUGGUGAUAUGAACCAUCCAAUGGUGAGGGAGAGAGUUUGGGAGAACAGCGACUUUAACUUUGACAACGUGCUGAUGGGGAUGCUGGCACUCUUCACCGUCUCCACGUUUGAGGGCUGGCCACAACUCUUGUACAAAGCUGUUGAUGCUAACGCAGAGAACAGAGGGCCCAUCUAUAACUACCGUGUUGAGAUUUCCAUCUUCUUCAUCAUCUACAUCAUCAUCAUCGCCUUCUUCAUGAUGAACAUCUUCGUGGGUUUUGUCAUCAUCACCUUCCGUGAACAAGGAGAGGCUGAGUUUAAAAACUGUGAACUAAAUAAGAAUCAGCGGCAGUGUGUGUAUUAUGCAUUGAAAGCUCAGCCAAUAAAGAUUUACAUCCCCAAAAACCCCUCUCAACUCAAAUUCUGGAGGAUCAUCAAUUCCUCUCAGUUUGAGUACAUUAUGUUUGUGCUCAUUCUGCUCAACACACUCACACUGGCUGUACAGCACUAUGAGCAGUCCAAACUCUUCAACUUUGUGAUGGACAUCCUGAACAUGAUCUUCACUACGCUCUUUACGGUUGAGAUGAUCAUCAAACUUCUGGCUCUGAGACCUUACCACUAUUUUAUAGAUGCCUGGAACUCUUUUGAUGCGCUGAUAGUGGUGGGCAGUUUGGUGGACAUCAUGAUUGCAGAGUUCAGUGGUGGAGGAGGCCAUGGUGAGGGGAAAGAAGGGGAGAGCGCCAAAGUGUCCAUCACUUUCUUCCGUCUCUUCCGAGUUAUGCGACUGGUCAAGCUGCUCAGUAAGGGUGAAGGCAUUCGAACCCUCCUUUGGACGUUUGUUAAAUCUCUACAGGCAUUGCCAUACGUCGGCCUGCUAAUUGCCAUGAUCUUUUUCAUCUAUGGCGUGAUUGGGAUGCAGACAUUUGGGAAGAUAGCUAUAGAUGACAGCACAGAGCUCAAUAGGAACAACAAUUUCCAAACCUUUUUCAUGGCUGUACUGCUGCUCUUCAGGUGUGCAACAGGUGAACAGUGGCAGCAGAUCAUGCUUGCGGCACUGCCAGGACGUCGAUGUGACCCAGAGUCUGACUAUGAGCCGGGAGAGGAGUAUAGCUGCGGAAGCAACCUGGCAUACCUCUAUUUCAUCAGUUUCUUUGCACUCUGUGCCUUCCUGAUCAUUAACUUGUUCAUCGCUGUCAUCAUGGAUAACUUUGAGUAUCUGACCAGAGACUGGACUGUGCUGGGCACUCAUCACCUCGAUGAGUUUAAACGAGUCUGGUCAGAUUACGACCCAGAGGCCACGGGAAGGAUUAAACAUCUAGAUGUAGUCACCAUGUUGCGCAGAAUUCAGCCGCCGCUGGGCUUUGGGAAACUCUGUCCACAUCGAGUAGCCUGUAGGAGACUGGUUGCUAUGAAUGUUCCUCUCCAUCCUGAUGGCACCGUGUCCUUUAAUGCCACUCUGUUUGCUCUCGUCAGAACGUCACUCAAGAUUAAAACAGACGGCCCCAUUGACCAGCAGAACGACGAGCUGAGAGUUAUCAUUAAAAAGAUCUGGAAACGCACCAAACCCAAACUUCUAGAGGAAGUUAUACCUCCCCCUUCAGGGAAUGAGGUGACUGCAGGAAAGUUUUAUGCCAGCUUCCUGAUACAGGACUACUUUAAAAAGUUUCGCAAACGAAAAGAGAAAGAGAGGAAGAAGAAAGGCAAGGACAAGUCAGCCUCUCUCCAGGCCGGGUUACGCACACUACAGGAUCUGGCCCCAGAGAUGCGUCUGGCUAUUGCGAUGGAGGAUGAGGAAGGGCUGGAGGGGGAGAUGAUGGAAGAAGAGGAGUUCUUCAGGAGUGACAGUGUCUUCAGUGAUGCUCCACCUACACCAACCAUGUCCACUCCCAGAAGCACCCCCAUGCCGCCCCAUCUGGACGAGACCACAGUGAGCAUUGAGCUUCCUCCUGGAGUGCCCAGUGGGAGCUUUAUGCUGGAGGAGGCCCUGGUGGACUCCCGCCCGGCCUCUGCCCUGUCCGACAACACUGUGAUAAGUGAACAGCCUCAGAGGUUGUCUCCCCUGCCCAGCAGGACUGACACAACCGGUGCUUGUGAAUAUAUUCCUUCGCCAUCCCCGGAUGGAGGAUUGCAGAAUGGAACCACAGGAGGAGUCAUCACUCCAGGAGGAGAUGGAGGAGUGACAGGAGGAGGAGUCACAGAGAUGACAUAUCCUACAGAGCAAGGCAGUGUUAGCAAGGGGGAGCCUCAGAGUGCUGUCUUAAAUGAUAGGCAGUGGUUUCCUGAGGUUCCUCCAGCACAAACACCAGUACUUAAUGGGAACAGUGAAAGUGUGGCGCCAGUUCAGCCUAAUAACAUUAACAACAACACUUACCAAGGCAACAGCCAAGAUGCUGGUGGCUACCAAGGUAAUGUUUACCCUGGAAAUGGCUACAAUGCCAAUGUUAUCAAUGGGACUGGUUAUCCAGGCAACCGUUUUUCCAUCAACGGCUACAGCAGCAAUGGCUACAGCAGCAAUGGAUACAGUGGUAAUGAAUACAAUGGCAAUGGUUUCUCUGCACGGCGACGCAUGCUUCCCCCGACUCCUUUAGGCCGAAAGCCCAACUUUAACAUCCAGUGUUUGAGAAGGCAGACCAGUAAUGAGGAUCUACCCAUUCCAGGCACUUACCAUCAAAACUCCCCACCCUGCAGGGCACGAGCACAGACAAACAACAGCUACGACUCACGGCGGAGCAGCAUUUCAUCUGUGGUUUCUUCGGCCUCUUGGGCGAACAACCAGGCCAAACGGGGCCGUCUCCUCUACGCCCCUCUCAUUCUGGUGAACGAGGUGGGGGGCACUCAGGCAAUGUGGGGCGACACCAAUGGCAGCGCCAGCCUGCCGGCGUCGGCCCGUCCCGGGUGGAUCGGCAGUGGAAUGGCAGGCGUGGCCCAGCAGCCUCGGGCGUACACCACUCUCAGAGUGCCCUCCCAAAACAGCCCCGGAUACAUGGAGAAGGGAAGUGCUGACAGCCUCGUGGAGUCGAUCCUGAUCUCUGAAGGCUUGGGUUUAUAUGCCAAAGACCCCAAAUUUGUUGACUUUGCAAAGCGGGAAAUCGCAGAUGCCUGCCACAUGACUAUUGAUGAAAUGGAGAGUGCCGCAACUGACCUUUUAAGUCGUGGAAGGGCAGGACAACCAAUCGGACGCUUUGAGGAGGAUCUGUCUGAUGAGAUGAACUGUGUUAUAUCAUACUAAAUGGGCUUCAGUUUGUUGGGGAGGGCAGAACAUAGAUUGUCAGUGUGACUGAUGUUCUCUGCAUCAAACUCAAAUACAUUCAACUUUUCAUAUUCAGUUCAGCUGGGCAGAGUUAAUUAUAUUCAAUUCCUUCGACAUGAGGGUAAGUAAUGACAGUUUUCAUUUUUGUGUGAACUAUCCCUUCAAGCAAACCACAGGAUUAGCCUUCUCUGAUUAGUAGAGUCCUGAAGCAGCAUCUGCAAAGAUUCAAAGACUGGAAAAGGAAUUGAGAUUUGGUCAAAUAUGCACAUUUAUGUUGAAAGUGUUUGUGCUUGUGGAAGUCUUCAUUUUUCAUAAUGUUAGUUAGCCAUAAUAAAGAGCCAAUAACGUUCAAAUGACGAUCACACAAACCUACAGGGCACUACUAUUUAUAUGACUCUGCAAGUUUAAAGUCACAAUCAAAAUGGAUUUUUUUUAGUGGAAAGUUUCAGCAUUUCAUAUAAAUGAUAUAUUGACUUUGCAAAAUGGGAAAUUGCAGAUCACUUGCUAAGACUUCAGACGAAGCCAGCUUUGAACAACUGUCGAAUAGUUUCCUUGGAAUUUUUAUGAUCACAAGUUAUAAUCAUUGCCUAAUGUGCUUAUUAAUUGAAUACAUGUUUACCAACACACACAUUUUGACAUUACUUUUAUAUACUCCUCUCUGGUUGAACACAAUACUUCCUGAUUGUAACAUGCAUUUUCUGUGAAUUGUCAUAAGCGCUAUUCUAAUAAACUUGAAUCCAACUCAUCCAUGCAGAUCUUUUCUCUAUUAAUUUGACAUUGUAAUCUUCAAAGUGAAAAAAAAAAAAGAACAUCCCUCCCAGGCAAUAAGUUCUCCCAGUAGAUGACUCUCAGCAAUCCUUCCCCUGCUGCAACUUUUCACUCCCAAACGACCACAGCAGUUAGCAAACGACAAUACACCAGCCAACCCAAUUUCCGAUGGACAAAGUCCCUUGCAUUUUCUUUUUGUUUGAGAAGCUGGGUUGUCACAACAGGGAAGAAAAAUCAUGCCAACUUUAAGUUAGGAUUUUUGCUCACAGCAAAAAUUGUUCAACUUACUGUACAUUCUGUUUGAAAAGACAGUCAAAUACA